AUGUCACAGGACAUCGGUCUUAGUGACUUCUUGGCACAAUUUGACAUGCUCGAGGGAGCAAGCAUUCUCGCAUAUAUAAAAGACACUUAUGGCAAUACCGCAUCGCCCAUCCAUUCAGACAUUGCACCGUGCUCUCCUGAAGCACCCUUUGGCUGCUCUUUGGCCUACGUCAACUUGUCGAGCAGUAUCUGCCCUGGUAGUCUAGUGAACGCCUCCUCGCCUUGCUAUUCGUGCAGGAUGCAGACGGCGCAGGAACAAAAGGAGUUUUUGGGCAACUUGACCCAGGUGCUAGGGUCGAACUCGGCCGCUACGUGCGCCACAUCGGGUGGCGCCACUUCCGCAGCCUCCCGCAGAGUGACGAUGCCAUCGUCCUGGUUCCUGUUGGUGGCACUCCUCCUCUUCUGCUUCGGUGCAGCCUCCGCCAAAGAGGUUGCGCUGGUGCCCGACAAGGUUCUCAAGAAGUCAUCGUACCAAGACGUCGACGGACGCAUCUUGCUGACCAACCCCAGCGAUUGCGGACCCGUAAACCAGCCUCAAGAGAGGGUCUGCUCUUUCGAUGUCUACUCUGACCCCAACUGUCAGAAUGCAAUCUCAGGAGCCUACUUCAGCAUGAAUCCUAACAUCGGACACAACUGCGGAGCGUGUCUGCCUUGGUCCAUGUUGGACCCCGUGCCCGCCGGCACAGUGUACUUGAAAACGCACAGCAUCGGCGACGGCUUCGGCGCAGGCAAUCAGCUUCUUGUGGAAGCCGACAGUUCGUGCCCCUUGAUGGGCUCGGCUGGUUUGGUGGCAGCGGCUUCGGCUUCUUCGCAAUGCCUGCAGCUGGGCUCCAUGUCGGGUGACGAAGGAAUUGCAUGCUUCCCGAACGGACAAGACUCGGUACCAGCCAAGAGAGACUUGGUCAAACGCGACGCCACCUGCAACGGCAUGUACGUCGAGAGCGCUGUCGCAUCCCACUCGGCGCCAAAACAGAUCUCGAGCAUCGUCGACUGCCGUGGAGGCUCGGCACCCUGCACCAUCAGCCUUGCCGUGCAGCAUACCGAAACUGUGUCAACCUCUCUGUCUCUAAACGCAGGAGGCUCUGUCAAGGGCAUCGACAUCGGUGCCACGUUCGGCACAGAGUACAGUGAGUCAGUGUCUACGACGAUUACCGAAACAUACACUGUGCCUCAAGGACAGGCGGGCUACGUUAUCUCGACGUUCAAGUCGACCUUGUUCAAGGGCUCCUUCCAGGGAUGUGGUGGCGUCGACGGAGCUGGCGAAGCCAACGUCAUCUUGACGAACGGAGAAGAAAAGCGUGUGGUCAUCGUCACGGCGUGA